UCGGAGCAAGGAAGGAUCACAACUUUGGACAACUUCCCUAAGGUCAUUUUAUCCUAUCAGAGAAAUAAUGAAGGUGAUCCAUGAGAGAAAGGAUGGGACAGUGAACUUUUACCAUGGAUGGGACCAAUACAGGAGUGGGUUUGGGCAGGCAUCCGGAGAGUACUGGUUAGGCCUAGAAAACAUCCAUCUCCUCACUCAGAGGAAGAAGUAUGAGUUGAGGGUGGACCUGGAGGACUUCGAAGGGGCUAAAGUCCACGUCCAGUACUCCUCCUUCUCUGUCGACUCCGAGCAUGAAGGAUACAAGCUGCAUUUAAGUGGCUUCAAAGAUGGAGGUGACGGAAAAUCUAUGGAUGAACACAAUGGGCAGAAGUUCUCCACCUUCGACAAAGACCAGGACACUCACGCUUCAAACUGUGCUAAAUCAUAUCUAGGAGGAUGGUGGUAUGGAGAAUGCCACAGUGUCAAUCCCAACGGGGUAUAUCUGUGGGGCGACUCAAUCUAUGGUAUUGGUAUCAACUGGGUGUAUUGGAAAGGUUAUAAAUACUCUUUAAACGCCAUUGAAAUGAAGAUAAGGCCUGUGGAAUAAGUUCAGAACCUCUCACACUGUC